AUGGCGAGCGAGCAACUUAUCCAGGAGGAGCUUCAAAGCAGCGCGGCUGUCUCGGAGCCAAGUGCAUCGUCGCAAAUGGACGAUGACGAGAGCACCGGAACGCUCGACCGGGCCGCUCAGCUUGGCAUGACAAACGGCAUGAAGAGCGACGCCUCGGCUGGUGACGGCGAACGUUACACGGGAGAGGAAAGCGAGGAGUUGGAGGAGGAGGAGGACGCCGAAGGGGAAGAAGACGAUGAAUUCCACGACGACGCAGACGACUACGAGUCCGACGGCGCCGGCGAGGACGUCGAGGACGAGCUGGACGAGGACGACACAAUACUACCAACAGCAGCAGGACGACGACGCCUGCGUGUCAAAGACGAUGACGGCGAAGACGACGAAGAGGAGGGCGAUGAUGACGAUGCCGAAGGGGAAGACGACAGCGAACAAGGCCGCGACGAGGACGAGGCGUCGGACGACGACGCUGUUGGCGACGCUGAGGGCGUAGGUGCGGUUAAGAUUCGGCCUGGUGAAACAGAGGACGACGACGACGACGAAAGCGAAGCCAGCGCUGCUUCCGGGGAGUCCAGUGACGAAGAGUGGGAAGAGCAGGCACGGAACGCCAAUGACGACGAUGAGGAUGAAGAAGUGGAGGAGGAGGAAGAGGAGGAAGAGGUUGGAGACGAGGACGAAGGCGCAAGCCAAGUCGGUGCCGCCGCAGAACAUGUCUAUGACGACGAUGAAGAAGAUGAGGACGGGGCGGCGUUCAACUAUCACUUGGACUGCCUGUACUGCAGGCGAGGCUAUGGCAAACCCAGAAAGAGCGACCCGAAUCUCUGGACAUGUCCAACGUGUACAAACAGGGAAGCAGGAGACGCUGCUGUCGAGACGAUGGACGUUGAUGGAAACGGAACUCUCCAAACGACAAACGGAGCGGACGUCGCAAAUGGGACACCUCCAAAGACAGCAAUACAUGCGACACGCAAAGCCAACACGCCAAGGUCGUCGCCAGCAUUGCGUGGUUUAGGCGCAAAUACAGGCUUUGUCUCAGAGGACCAGACAGACGGUGCACCGCGCUCGUUGCGGAAACGGCGAACAUCGCCGGUCGAGAGUGUCGACAGCGGCAUGUCCCUGCGCAAGCGCCGGAAGAAUGUGACGGCAGAUUUGAGCAUUGACGGGUUUACCGAUAUCCACAAUUCGACAGUGCCGAACUCGGCCCGCUCCCUGCGGAUAAAGCCGCCUGCCGCGUCGCAAGUUUCAGUUGUGAAAAAGACACGAGGCAGUCUCAUUCUCAAGAUCAAAGUGGCACCUGCCGACCUGCGCAGGAUCACAGUGAAGAAGCGCAAAUACACAAAGCGCGGCACGGCGCCACCAAGGAUCAGCAAAAAAGAAAAGAAACGACUCGAACAGUUGGCCGCGGAAAACGGACUGUCGGUCGGCAGCGAUGCUCUUCCUGUGAUGCCGUCCACCACCGCAUACACGCAGCCGUUCUACUCCUUCUUUGACAAGGACACAGACGAACAAAAGGGCAAGCCGUACGGUGGCAUUCUCACCGAGGCCGAGGCGGACACGUCCAAAACGUUCCCCACUCCGGACGACCGGCGGCGGUUUGACGAUGCGAAGCAAAAGGCCGAGGAGGAGUGGCGGGCGCGGCUGCUUGUCAUGCAGGCCGAGGCCGAGGCAACCCAGCCACCCAAGAAAAAGAAGGCCGCAGGCCCUGCCAGCCAGAUUGAGUGCAUCGAGUUUGGCGGGUGGGAAAUCGACACGUGGUAUGCGGCACCGUAUCCCGAAGAGUACAGCCGCAACCGUGUACUCUACAUUUGCGAGUUCUGUCUCAAGUACAUGAACUCGGACUACGUGGCGUGGCGGCAUAAGCUCAAGUGCCCGGCCAAGCACCCCCCGGGCGACGAGAUCUACCGGCACGAGUCCAUCUCGUUCUUUGAGGUGGACGGGCGGAAGAACCCGGUGUACUGCCAGAACCUGUGUUUGCUGGCCAAGUUGUUCCUUGGGUCCAAGACUCUCUAUUACGACGUGGAGCCGUUUUUGUUCUACGUGCUCUGCGAGUACGACGAGUUUGGGUACCACUUUGUGGGGUACUUUUCCAAAGAGAAGCGCGCCAGCAGCCAAAACAAUGUCAGCUGUAUCCUGACGCUGCCCAUUCACCAGCGCAAGGGCUACGGCAACCUGCUCAUUGACUUUUCGUACCUGCUCACGCGGGUGGAGGAGAAGACGGGCUCGCCCGAGAAGCCGCUGUCCGACAUGGGCCUGGUCUCGUACCGGAACUACUGGCGCCUUGUCCUGUGCCGCUACCUGUUGGACGCGAUGACGGCCAGCAGGGGCGCCAAGCUCGGUCUGUCGAUCAAGCAGAUCUCGGACGACACAGGCAUGACGGCCGACGACGUGAUCUCGGCCCUCGAGGGCCUGCGGUGUCUCGUGCGCGACCCACAGACGGGUCUCUACGCGUUCCGGGUGGACGUGACCUACUGCCGCGAGUACGUGGCCAAAUGGGAGUCCAAAAAGUACGUGACGCUCAACCCGGCCGCGCUGACGUGGACGCCCUACGUAAUGGGUCGUGGUAAUGCCACAAACUUUGAGCUGGGGCCGGCACUCACGGCCAUUGCACCGCGCGAAGAGGACGAAGAGCCAAAAUCGGGCGAGCGGUUUGUGGCUCGCCUCGCCAACAGCGACAGCAUCUCGACACAAGGCGGCCUCACAAAUGGCGUUGCCGCAGACGCUGCGGCGACGACCGCAACUUCGGGGGACGGCAAGGCGCUGGCCUCGUCCGCCAUGGUCCUUGAGUCCACGGAGCCCAACGACAAGGACGGCAUUGUCUCCGAGACGAAAGACGAGGCGGACACAAAGACAAACGGCGACCACAGCGCGGCAUCGGCAGCCACUUCAAGCAAAACCCUUGGAGCCGAUGCCGAUGCCGAUGCCGAUGCCGAUGCCGAUGCCGAAGCCGACGCGGAUGCCGAUAUUGAACCCCCAGUCGCCAACAUUAUGAGCGACAUCAAGUCCGAAGACAAGGACGAUGACGACAGUGAGGGCGACGAAGCUGUCGGCAGUAAGAACCGUGCCACGACGGCGCUCAACGGCACGGCGACGGACGCGGCCCACGAAAUCCACGGUGCGGCGCCCGCGCCGUCCGUGGCGGGCACAGCCAAUGGCUCACAAAAGCAGGACGACAGCGGCAACGGCGGCGACUGGGCGGCAGCCUACAGCUCGGUCCCGACAACGCGGUUUGUCGUGUUCCCGCCGGUAUCGGCGCGCCGUUUGAACAGCUAUCCACGGGCACCGAUCGGUCGGCCACCAGGCGCCCGCACAGGCAGCGGCAACCGCGCACGGAGUCGCCACAACACCACGGGCCACGUCCGGCGGGCCGUGGUCAGCGCGUCGCGGCCCAAGGCACCGAGCUCGUCCAAGAAAAAGACGGGCGGCACAGGCCGCGGACCUGGCCGCUGGCCCAAGGGCACCAAAAAGAGCGACUACGGGAAUGCCGACAGUGGGCCGGGCCUGCCGCCGGCCUGGCUUGCGCGCAAGAUUGCAGCAGCAGAGUCGCAUAAGGCAGGCUCAGGCUCGGGCUCGAGCUCGGGCGAUGCAGUCAAUGGCGGCCCCAAACACGAGGGCGAGGCGCACGAUGCCACGGCCUCUGCCGCCGCCGACGAUGAACAUCCGCCGCCACCCUUCACGCCGAGCCGCCAACCCGCUGCCAGUGGCGACCAUCACGACGACGACGACGACGACGACGACGAGGCCGAUGCCGAAGGCGAAGACGACGACGAGCACACCGUGGCGGACACCGUGCAGGUGCACACGCCGACGCUGCCGACGCGGCUGGCGGACAAACGCGGCGGCGUGAACGGCGCCGUGUUGGCAUCCGGGACUCGAGGCCGGUCGUCACCGCGGCUGGGUAAAAUCAAGGCUGCCGCGUUGCACGACGGCGGUGAAGCUGAUACGGUGAUGGUGGAUGUUGGAGAGACAUAA